AUGUACAUAUUCCGCCUUCGCGUUUUGACCAUCAUCUCGUGCGCCCUUGCCUGUCUGGUCUCGCCAGCACAGUCCCGGCCGACAAGGUUGCCGUGGCCGUGGCCAGCAUGGUGGCCAUGGCCGGGAUGGGGGAGGGUUCGUGACGACGAGCGCAACUUCAACACCAUCUCGCGCAUCUACAACCUCACCGUCUACCCCAACCAGCUCCCGAUAAUCCUCGGAGGCGGGGCGGGCGUUCCCCCGGGCCUCUUCAGCCAGGACGUCGCGGGCAGGGUCGACCCGGUUGGCGAUUUCGUGGGUUUCGAGGAUUCCAUCGAGUACUUUUUUGCCCUGGCACCGCUCCCGCAGGGAAACGCGGCGUCGGCGGCCAUCACGGGCUAUCAGAUUGCGGAAUUCAGCUCCGCAUGCAGCGAUGUUGCCGCCUCCGUUGUGUAUUUGUUCUGCAGCGUCGUGAACCCGGGCUGCGCGGAUCAUGGCAAACCGCUUGCCCCCCUGAAGCAGGUCGCAUUUUGGAAGUUCGACAAGCAUGGAGCGGUCCUCAAAUACGACGCCUGGAUCCCGAAUCUCAACAACUGGAUCGAGGCCAGUACGGGCGCCCAGAUAUCCAAUUCGCAGUUCCGGACACAGAGCAUCCAACAGAUCUGUGCCGUCACUCAGACGAGAUGCACGGGGCCGAACACGCAGUGGGAGAGUAUUGAUGAAUGUGCGUCUGCCUUGUCGCAGAAGCCUUACGGAAAUUACGACGAGGCAUGGGGAGACAACAUUGUCUGCCGGUCAAUUCACCUUGUUCUUACUCAAGUACGGCCAGAUGUUCAUUGUUCUCAUGUGGGGCCUACAGGCGGUGGGAAAUGCGUGGAUGUCUCAUAUCCUGUUGAUUACUUUAAUGAUGAAAGCCUCUACGGUGAUCCGCUUGGAAAGACGUUCAUGUGUAAUUCAUAG